CUCUUCGCGCUAGAUCCUUCCCGUAACACUCCAAAAACACCCUUCAAUUCCUCACCAAGAUUAGAGGUCCUGUGGUGCAACCCGUGGAGCCCAGAUGUCACCACCAAAAACGCUCACCGGGCGAUGGAAACACCCUAUAUUAUGAGAGCCAAGCAAGCCACAAUAUUAGGUUAUCAUCGCUGCUUGAAAGAUCAGUCAUAAGUCGUGCAUAAGGAUAGCAGCUUCCCGCAUCGAGGAAAGGAGGCCUAGCACACAAAUUUUGCUAUAGAUCCUUCAACCAUCAUACAUUCAUUUCUCUCGCCGCUUCAAAAGUUAUGUCGGAGCUAAUGUUCGAAGAAACGAUUGGAUGGAUUAAUACGUCUGUUUUGAUCCCUCGCCUGAUCUAGGCUUGAUGGAAUCUGACAGGUGAGUUUUUUUUUUAGUACUUGCUAACAAAAAGGGUGUGCGCUGUUAAAAACAAUAACCACAUUCAAGAUCACAUGCAAGCAAACGAGACCGGGAACGAACUUCAUGCUAGCCCAAGCGAAAUAUGUCGCGCGCGCGAUUUCAAAUGCAGACUUGAUAAUUGCAACGAAACUUUCGUCUCUUUUCCAGAGAGAAAAGCUCACGAAAGGGUACAUCACGGAACAGGACACAAUCUUAUUCAGCAUCAGAAUCCUUAUCAUUGCUUCGAAUGCCAAGAGAACUCUUUUUUGGAGUCCGACUUAUAUUGACAUGCCCGAGAGCGCAAACACAAUCCAUAUGCCUGCAGUUGUGGGUCAUUAUUCUCGAGACUUGACGUCCUUAAUCGACAUCUCAAGAAUUUUGGGACCGAUCUUCCCCAGUAUCCACGUACUUUCUGUAAACGCCAUCGUGGUGUCGAGGGAUUUCGUCGCAAAGAUCAUCUGUUACAACACUUGAGACAAUAUCAUCACCACGAAAUCGACGCCUCCUCCCAAACACACGAUGGGACUACGAACUCGACAUCAAAUAUCUUAGGUCUUUAUCCUAUUUGCACGCAUUCAGAAUGCCCACAAUAUUGCGGUCUUGAAUUCGAAAAGCUUCCCCUUCCACUGGAAAACUUCCAGGCACCAUUUCGCAGCCAAUCAGAGUUCACAAAGCACAUGCGCGAAGAGCACAAUGAGUGUACAUUCCCUUGCAAAAUUGUUGGAUGUUCACGUGUUGGAAGACGGGGUUGUUUCAGAGAGAAAGACCUCAUUAAGCAUCAUCAAAAAGAGCAUCCUGAAGAAGAGACUUACAUACCAUUAGACAGAAAAAAAAUCGUUAUCAAUGUACUGAGCCUGCAUGCUAUACACUUUUUCACCCGUUUUCUGGGGAAAAACAUCAUCUUUAUGAUGGACAUCCGUGUUAGAUGGAUAUAAGACAGGUAAACCAGCAACAAAGAAACCUUCUCGAGGAACAUGAAAAACUCUUCCUCUUCAAUCUGGAUACACAAUGGGAAUAGCUUUAAUGCUUAGUAUCCUAGGCAAACCUAACUUCCCAUCAUCUAGCACAUAAUGACCAGAUAAUCAUUAUCAGUGUUCUUUAUUGACUUAUGAUACACUUUUCAAACAUGGAAAGUGCUUCCAUUCUGCUUAAAUUGUUACCGCAAUCAUGUUAUUGUUAUUUUUGGAUCUUGUAGCUAGUCUUAUCUCUGGCACUUCUGUUUAUGGUUUUAUUUCGUUGCUUUGGACUUGAUAUUUUCUCUUUUGAUGAAGGAAUGUAGAGGGAUAGAGGGAUUGAACCCAUUGUGCUUGGAUUUAUUUUCUCCUUUUUUUUAUUUCCUUAUAGUCAGUCUCGACUACUGGCGCCUCUAUUCAUGGUUUUCUCUUCAUUGCUUUAAUUAACUCUCUCUUGCUGAUCGAUAUGGAGGAAUUGGAUUUCAUUAUUCUAAAAUUUAUCUUCUAUUGUCUUUCCUUGUAGUCACUCUCGAUUUCUUGCACCUCAGUUCAUGGUUCUCCAAUCACUACUUUUACUCUUAAAUUGAU